GAUAUUGAUGAAUUGAUUGCUUUUGGAGGUUAUAGAUAUAUUUAUUCAACUGAACCUUAUCUCGUUCAACAGUUGUGGUCAGUCGUUAAGAAUAAAGUUAAGAUAGGGAGGACCUUAAUUGCAGGUGCUUGCAACAACGUUCCCGUCCAUCAUUUGAAAACUUUUGUGCAGCAUUCUUGGAAUCAGUUUGAUAAAUGUAGCCAUUGA